CUGUGAAUGUUUCGUCUCAUUGAGAUGACGUCAGAUUUACGCCAUCAAGUCGUCGCCGUGGCUUAAAGCUGUGAUGGCUUCAGAAGACGAAGUUAGUCUUCUGGUCAUCGUACUUGACGUGAAUCCAAUAUGGUGGGGGCAGCAAACGCAACGACAACCAGAGUUCACCCUGUCAAAAUGCCUGGAUGCUGUGAUGGUCAUGGGUAACUCUCACCUGAUCAUGACCAGGACCAACAAACUGGCCAUCAUUGCAAGCACCUGUCAGGAGAGUCAUUUCCUGUUUCCCAGUAAGCACUGGAGUGCUGGCGAUGGCACUGGGGAUGACUCUGUAUCAGCUGGUGGCGAUGGCAAAUAUGAGCUCCUUUCGGUUGCUAAUGACUUUAUGGCAGAGGAGAUAAGGGCUCUCAUAGCACGGAUGGAGGUGAAAGACCAGACAGACACGUUGUUAGCUGGAGCCCUUGCCAAGGCCCUGUGCUACAUACAUCGUCUCUCAAAACAACUGGCAGCUGGCCAGGACAUGACGUCCAGAAUAUUGGUGAUAAAAGCAGCAGAAGACUGUGCUCUGCAGUACAUGAACUUCAUGAAUGUGAUCUUUGCUGCUCAGAAACAGGGUGUCCUUAUAGAUGCUUGUGUGCUCGACUCCGACUCCGGGCUCUUACAACAGGCUUGUGACAUAACAGGGGGUUUAUACCUCAAAAUACCACAACGGGUUGCCCUCACACAAUACCUGCUGUGGGUGUUCCUGCCUGACUCUGAAGAGCGCGCCCAGCUGGUGCUGCCUCCAUCGGUCCACGUGGACUACAGGGCCGCCUGCUUCUGCCACCGCAACCUCAUCGAGAUCGGCUAUGUCUGCUCUGUCUGCCUGUCUAUAUUCUGCAACUUCAGCCCAAUCUGCACAACAUGCGAAACUGCCUUCAAGAUCCCGCUGCCUCUGAUCAAGGCCAAGAAGAAGAAAGUCAAGCCAGUGACGUGACUCCAGUGGUCACCUGCACGGAGUGCCCACAUGAGGACCUUUAUUUGUGUGUGUAAUUGUAAUGCCUCAGCACUGGAUGCGUCUCGGUGUAGGAGGCCAUGUUCCUGAAGAGGUCUGGAGGUGUUGUCAUGGACUAUUUUCAAAUGGCUCAGUCAGCAAUUACUGAGGGGUGUUGUUUUCUAAUUCUAUUGUACUACCUACUCUUUAAGUUAAACUGAACUGAUGGUGCCUGUACACGCAUGCACACGCACGCACGCACACACACACACAUAUACACAUACACACACACACACGCGCUACACACACACACACACACGCUACGCACACACGCUACGCACACACGCUACACACACAC